AUGAAAGAAGAAGACGAAGGAGAAGCAGCAGCAACAGCAGUCAAAACAGAAGCUGUCGAGGCCAUGGCCACUACUGAUUCCACCGUCGAAGCUGCCUUGCAGGCGGCUCAGAUCGAGACGGGAACCUUGGAAGCCGCCGCCUCGAUUGCCAAUGCGUCCGCCAUUCCUGCUGUUGCGGAUCCUGUUUUGCCCACCAAUAGAGAUGUCAAGCUGGGCGAUGAAUCUCAUCCCGGCACCAUGCUCUUGUUGGAUUUGAUCUUAUUGCAUAAAGUGCUCUUGCCCCCCAAGGAGAAUCCAGACGAUCGCUUUCAAGCGUCCGACCCCGAAGUCCAACAAUUGGCCUCCAAACUUUUGACUUUGUUUAAAGAAGGCAAACAAUGCGAAUUGGCGGGUAUCAAAGAGGUUCCCCGGCCAUUUCUUGUGGGCAAGGGGCGCAUCUUUGAAAAGAAGGGUGAGGAGUUUAUCGAACUGAAAGACGAUGUGGCUCGGGAACGGUUGGUGGAAAUCAUUGUGGACCGCUUCAAGACACUGGACCGACUCAAUUCCAUUCAAGGCAAGGGGGCUGUUGAUAAAGAAAUCUUGGGAGCCUUUGAUCUACAGUUUCGCAGCAAAAAAGGAACUGAAGAAGAGGGGGAAGGGGAGUCAUCAUCGAAAGAUGGCAAUGGGGAGACUAAGAAAGCUACUACUCAAGCGGCACCUCGUGCUUGCGACGUUCUGUUCCUUCCCAUCGGUCUGUCCUCUUCGGACAGUGCGCCCACCUAUGAUAAUCAAACGGGCAACAAGGAUUUGCUUGCUCUUGCGUCCCAAAAUGUGGUGGUGGACACCAAGGAAGCGGACAUGCGAGUUCAAAUUGCACUCAAAUUGUUGACCAGCAGGAAUGAUGAUGUCAACAGUGACAGUGGCGAAACCGUUCCACCCAAAACACCCCGCUACUUGUUGCAGCAAGUCGAUGCUACUGAUUCAAAUGAUUGGAAGGAACUCGAAGCGGUCGAAUUGGCCGAGUUUGCUACCAUUUUUGUAUUCGAGGUGUAUUUGGAAAAACAAAUCCACGGGACUCCAAUGGUGGCGAGUGCUCCCGAUACCUACAAGGCUUCGACGGUGCCACUGGAACAACCCACCGUGCACGAUGUCUUGUUUGGCCGAGGCGGCAUGACCAAUGGACACCCGGGCAAUCGACGAUUUCGGGAUAUCAUUGCCCUGCAUCGCCCCGAUUACAUUCGAGCCUCCAAAAUGGACAAGCCAAAGGUGGCUCGUCGCAUUGUACGAGCGAUUCGACUGGGAAAUCCUCCCGGCCGCUUUUUGAAAAAGGGGGACGACAACAAGUGGUACGAUGUGGGAGAUCGGUGUGCGGCCGAAAAGACGUCGCAAGGAUUGAGAGAACGAUCCAAUUCCGAAAAGCGCCAACGAUCAGCCAUGCGAGAAGCUCUACGCAUUCGACGAGACGACUUGGACGAUGGAGAUGAACCCUCCAGUAAAAAGGUCAAGACUAGUGGAGAGGAUUCCGAUAUUCCUCUCACACUCAACAUGAAGGAGAAAAAGUCCAAGACUCCGAAGAAAGCGGCAGUGGAGGGAGAUGCAAGCACGUCCGAUUUGCCACCCAAUGCGGUGGAUAAGGAAGGGAAUAUUUUGGUGACAGAUCAUGACAUUCUUUGUGGACGUGGUGGUCUCACCAAUCAUCACAAGGGCAACAAGCGAUUCCGCGAUAUCGUGGCGCUCCAUCGACCCGACUAUGUUCGUGCUCCCAAGAUUCAAAAGCCAUCGGUAGCAAGAGUUAUUGUUCGGGCCAUUCGCAAUGGAGAUCCACCCGGUCGCUUCCUCAGGAAGGACAAAAAGUCGGGGCUAUGGGUCGAUAUCGGGGACAAGCGAGCAGCCGAAAAGACUUCUCAGGCACUCCGAGAAAAGACCAGGGAAGAACAAGCCAAGGCUCCUGGGCUGUCGCCCUUUGCCGAAAUGGAGGGAGCAGAAGCGGACGGACCAACUCCCGUCCUUCCCUUGCCAGACGGUGAAAAGGUAGAAGGAGAGGCAGAAGAGGAGACCAAGGCGGAAGAAGGAAAAACAGAGACUGAAAAGGCAAGAAGUGAAGCUGCCAAAUCUAUGGCCAUGGUGGAAAUCUAA